GCUCAUAUAGCACUUCAGUGCUGACCCAACACGUAUGAAGCUUUGUUAUUUCCUCAGGUUUUGAUGCGGCAUUAUAAAUCGAUGCGUCUUUUCACUGACUCGCCAUCCUCCGUUAAUUCAUAUGGAGCGCUAGGUAACCGUUUGAAGUUUCGUCCCAGUUCUAGAAAAGGGCCUUCUUGUAACGAAAUAAACCUUCGAAGCUGACAAAAUUUGAGACAUUCUAUUUUGAUCAUCAUACAAAGUUAUUGAUAAAUGGUGUAUGGAUGGAACAGCAACAUUACCGAUGUUUCAUUACCGAUGUACGGUUUCGACUACAUGUAUAUAGGCCUGUACAUCUUUUCCGUCGCAAGUGAAGUGUGAAUCUUCUUGACACUGCAUGUACUACUACUACUGCCAUAGAUAAAUAAAUCACAGCUUUUGCAGCUAGCAGACAGCAACAACCCUGUAUACAGCAUGGCCGCCGCGGCGAGGAUGACGAAAGAAAUCCAAAAGAUCAAAGACCAUCCCACCAAAUACCCCAACAUCAGCGACAGCUAUCAGUACAGCGAGCAACUCUUCAAAGACGCCUGUCUGGCCUUGCACGGCAUCAUCCUCCAAGACAUCCACCUGGGCAAGAAGGAACUGUUGAAAGACCCCAAGUUCCUUCAGGGUCGGUUGUACGACACCUGUACGUACAUCCUCUCCCGACAUGAGAAGGACCUGGAGCAAAUCAUCCUUGAGUACGAGCACCCAAAACUGAAGUAUCUCCGCAGCAGGACGAUGGUACAACCUAAAGUGGACGUCAUGAUGGCCAAGAGGCGACCGGAGUUGGUCCUCGUCUCCGCACUGAUGAUCCGCAAAGGUAGCGCGGGGUACGAGCCGGACGUGCGGGAGCCCCGUUCAGACAUGGCCCGCCUGGCUUACAUGAUCCUGGAGCGGUGCUGCCGGUGGGGGUUCUACCUCUGGGUGGGAACAUUAAAGGAGCUGAGAGCAUUUGAUUUGGUGUACAGCUUCUCGGAGCUCAGUCAGGCCAAGGGAACUAAGAGCAGCCAGAUUGUGCUGAAGCGCGACGCUAUCCUACUGCCGCGCGUCGGCAAGCCUCUGCCCUCCUCUUUCCGCAAGACGCUUCUUGUGAACCGCGUGGAUCCAGAAUUCUGCCUGCGAUUGUACCGCGUGGAGCCCGAGAUGACAAUGUGGGAGGAUAAGGAGGAAGAUGUUGAACGUCUCCAAGACUUCUACAGCAGCUCCAAGCAGUUGCAUACCAGCUACGGGACGUGGGGGGUCUUCGAACAGAUGCAGAACGUCAGACGGCAAGUGAUGAAAGUCCGCGAUUACACCGAUGCGGCCCAGUACGAGCGCGCCCACGCCAUGCUGAUGAUGGCCCGAGUCAUGUUCACCGAUCUGGUGGUGGUCAAGAAACUGGACGAGCGAGACAUCGACGAGACGGACUUCUUGAAGAGGGUGAUGGACAAGCUGAAGGCGCGCAUCCGGGAGGGGUUACGGGACAGAGAGGAGAGCUCCUCGGAAGAUGACCGCUGAGAAUCUGAGAUGAGGGGAAGGGGGAUCGGGAAUUAUGUGGAGAGGGAGUUGAUACAGGCUGCUCGGGAAAAACAUUUCACAGAAGUUCUAAGCUCAUCAUUAUUUACUUAGCAUUUGUUCUCAAUAAUAAAGGGUACUUAAUGGCACUUUUAA